CCAGAAUUCUCAUCGCGCAACAUGGCUGCCCCCUGAAGCGAAGAAUGUCCUGUGAUGGUAGCACAGGUUAAUUGCGUCUGUCCCUCGUUUACGUUUAAGUUACGUGCAUUAAAUGUAUUUUAUCGUCUGAAAGCAAAACAUAUUCGCAAAAAUGUCAAAAGUAAUAACGCACGGAUUUAAAACUACACAGCUUGUGUAUACGCUAAAUCAUUUUGUACAGCGAAGCAGGAUACAUUCGCGGCUGAUCGGACAAAAUGUUGCUGGACAUCGGUUCUUCUCCAUCAGCGGCUGUUUGUGUUCGAGGGGUCCUCCGCAACGAAAAUCAACACCCGCUGUUCACAUUCCCGGACUGGAGCCAAUCACCUAUGCCGACAGAAUGCACUAUGUUCCUGGUUUGGCAAAGCCGAUGUUUCCACGCUGGGAGCGUGGAUGGUACGACCCCCAUCAUUACAUCGGGCCCAAAAAUGCGGAGAUGCCAUUAUACAAAGAAAAGCCUUGUUACAUAUUUCACCAGAAAACAAGCGUGUUGGAAGGCGUAAGACAAGCACUGUGGCUUACCAAAUCCAAGCUGAUAAAAGGGCUCCCCUCUCAAAUUUUGUCGUUGGCUGAGGACACGGCCAAUCACGUUGAGAAUCAGGAUGAGAGAGUCCAGCAAGCAAUAAAGCAUGCAAGAUUUUGGGACACCACAGAAAAUCGGCCUACUAGACAGAGGUUCUGCCCCGUUCUGCUGGACGACCUGCUUCACCUCUGCAGGACCGUUCAGGCCAAACACCCGGUGCUGGGCAGGAGGAUGCUGGCUGAGAACUACAGCCUGGCAGCCUGCUGGAGCAGAGGGGAGGACCUGUUCCAGGUGAGGGGGAAGAACGGGAUCCUGCUGAACAGCGUGUCUCCCCUUCCCGCCGUUGCUGGGAAGGAGGAGGUCGCGAGCACCGCAGACUACGUCCUGGAGACCUUCUACCCCAUCUCCCCCACCAUCGACCUGCAGCUCACCCACGUGUACCAGGAGAAGAGCCACACCGGUUUUGAGGAGGGCUACCCGUACCCCUACGCUCACACCCUCUUUCUUCCGGAGUCGGGACAAGCCUACAGGCUGCGCCCCGAGCAGCUGCGGGCCAAGAUGGUCAUGUUCGCCUUCGGGAACGCUUUGGCCAGGGCCCAGGCCCUCUACGGGACGCAACCCCAAGUCCUGGAGCAGCCCGUGGUGGUGCAGAGCGUGGCCACGAAUGGCCGGGUCUUCCAGUUCGCCGUGUUCCAGCUCAACACUACGGAGCUGGGGACCGACGCUGGGGUGAAGAACAUGGUCUGGCUGGAGGAGGACCAGCCUCUGUACGACUACGCCAAGGUCCGCCCGCUCAUCAGGAAGAGGGAGGUUCAGGUUCCUGCUGGCUUGGCCGGAUACCGGCCUGACACCUUCAAGAAGUUCUUGGCUCUCUAUUUACACGGCGCUGCGUAAGGCCUGGGAGAACAACAACUACUUCCUGCCCGCGGCCCCUUCGACUUCCUGUCAACCAACUUAUGGUGACACCGACCUCAUCCCCAUCCCUUUUGUUUAGUGAAGCUCCUACAAAUAAAACGCCAGGUUAUGACUGGAUGUGGCCUCUGUCCCUUGCGCGGUGCGUCUCCUGAUAUUUCUCUCGGUGACCAAUCAGAGAAACCACUUGAAACGGCUUUGGCUUUCAGUGUUGCCGCCAAUUAGAAAGGAAGAAAGAAACCGUUGUGGAACCCCCCGCAGUACACAAAGAGCAGCGAACCUUUUGAGCCUGGUAUAUUUCACAGCACAGCAGAUUUCAGUUAAUAAAGGUGCUUCUGUGCAUUCGCUGACCUGGAAGUAAUAAAGCAUGACCUUUGGAAUUCGUAA